UACUGCCAAUAACAAUGUAACCAUGUAAAUAUUUAUUUCAAGAUUCAAGAUCAAUUUUGCAAGUUAAAUUUUAAGUAUUUAUUCAUAAAAUAAUCAAAAAUUAUAAAUUUAAUUUGAUUAUCUUUGCAAAAACAAACAUGAAAAAGGCGGGUAAAUCAGAACCACAAUGCAGGAGGCAAGAGUUUGUCUGUAGGCUACAUGAUGUUGUAAAAGAUCUCGACCGAUCAUUAAAAUCAGACUGUGAUCAAGGAGCUGGUCGAUUUGCCAGAGAAAAUGGCAAUCCUUUUGAACCACGGCAAAAGAAAGUUGGAAAUAAUAAUUUGAAAAAUGGUUCAGAAUGCUGUUGUCAACCCGGUUGCUGUCAGGAAUCAUUGAAGUUCAAAGUAUCCAGAAUCCCUAACUAUCCGGGGACAGAAGGAGCUCGGAAUCAGGAAAAGAGCGUAGGCGGUGCUCAAACAAAUGUGCAAGAGCCACCAGGUCAAUACAUCUGGCACCAGCCCGACCACAGUAAUGGCUGCUGGCCUGGCCACGACCAUACAGCCACAGGUCUGGGCCAGUCCCAUCGGGAGGGAUUUCAUAUUCCCAGCGACCCAGAAAAGGGCAAGUGCUGUUUUAUAGCCAGGUCAAAAUGAUCAGAGAGAUGGUAAAGGACAUAAUAAAGUAACUAAAAGUA